UCUAAACAAAUAAUAAAUUAAGGUGCGGAUCAACCAACUCAAGCACCGCCAGAUGCCCAGAACACAAUUGGGUCGGAGAGCAGCAGCUAGCUAGAACCAGAUCUAAGCAGCAGCUAGCUAGAACCAGAUCUAAGCAGCAGCCAGCGGCAUCUCAUCCUGAGACUUGAGAGGCUGGAGUUGGAACUGGGUUUCAGACAUGGACAUGUCUCGCGCUCAAGAGAUUCAGCACCAAUUAACCAUAGGUCGUCUUGAUGACGACUCCAGGCAUGACCAAGGGUGCGAGGGGCGCCCGGAGCCGGAGGAGCAGGAGCCCGCUACGCCGCGGCGCGGCAAGCGACGACGCGGCGUCCGGUGGUGGGCGCUGGUGGCGGCGGACAUGCUGCUGCUGCUCUGGGGCCAGGCCAUGGCCACCCUCCUCGGCCGCCUCUACUACAACUCCGGCGGCGGCAGCAUGUGGGUGGCCACGCUCGCGCAGUCCGCCGGCGCGCCGCUGCUGCUCGUCCCGCUGCUCCUCACGCCGCGGGCCGCCGCGGGGGAGCCCCGCCCCGCCGCGGGCAGGGUGGCGGCCGCCUGCGCGGGCAUCGGGCUCCUCAUCGGCUGCGACAACCUCAUGUACUCGUACGCCAUGCUGUACCUGCCCGUGUCCACCUUCUCGCUCCUGUCCGCGUCGCAGCUGGCCUUCAACGCCGUCACCUCGCGCCUCCUCAACGCGCAGCGCUUCACGGCGCCCAUCCUCAACUCCGUCGUCGUGCUCACCUUCUCCGCCGCGCUGCUCAGCGUCGGCGGCUCCGCCUCCGACGGGACCGCCAGCCGGGUGCCGCCGGGCAAGCAAGCGCUCGGCCUCGCCCUCACGCUCUCCGCCUCCGCCGCCUACGCGCUCGUCCUGUCGCUCUUCGAGGUCACCUUCGACAAGGUGGUCCGGGCGCGGACGCUGCGGUGGGUGCUGACGGUGCAGGUCGGCACCAACGUGGCGGCGUCGGCGGUGUCCGUGGCGGCGCUGCUCGCGUCGGGGGAGUGGAGGGCGAUCCCCGGGGAGGCGGCCGGCUUCAAGGGCGGGAGGGUGACGUACGCGGCGACGCUGGCGGGCAUCGCGGUGGGGUGGCAGGCGGCGACGCUCGGGGCGGUGCGGCUCAUCACCAGGGUGUCGUCGCUGUUCGCCAGCGUGACGAGCACGGUGGCGCUGCCGCUGGUGCCCAUCUUCGCGGUGGUGCUCUUCGGGGACGAGAUGACGGGCGUCAAGAUGGUGGCCAUGCUCAUAGCCGUCUGGGGGUUCCUCUCCUACGUCUACCAGCACUACCUCGACGACCGCCGCGCGGCGGCGGGGAAGGAGGAGUCGGCGAGGGCCGAGGGCAUCAGCGUCUGCGCGGCGCGGAUGGCAAGUCAAACUAUUGUACCUGCUCGGGAGUCUGACGUGGGUGCGUAAGGCAGUGUUUAAUUCUCAUUUUUUUUUCACAGUAGCUGUAAAAUCAAAUUUUCAAACACAUACAUGGAGCAUUAACUGUAGUUAAAAAAAUAACUAAUUAUACAGUUUAA